AUAGAAACAGGAAGCAAUAUCGACAGCCUGAUUUCUUUUCAUGUGGCUGUCAUAUUUCAUUUGAACCAUUAGACUUCCGUUGUUGCAAUUGCCUGAAGUUAAUACAGAAUCGUCGUGAAAAGCCUAAAGUAUAGCCUAACAUCAGCUGUUGUUUUGUCUCUCUUUUCAUUUUGAUAAAUAAUUUACGUGCUUAAGAUGACUUCCAUCUACAAAGACAAUGACCAACAUUCUUUGGAGCUUGUAGAAGAUCUUGGUCAAGAUAACAGUCAAGAGGAGUUGGACUUUUCUUACCUGUUUUUGUACAACCCAUCUGACGACUUUCGCGUGAUUGAAGCAGACAACUCAGGGGUUCCCCCUCGCGGAGAUCACAACCCCUCAUCUGUGGUGAACUACCCUUGUGACGGAAGCUCCAGUAACGCCCCUACAACCUCCAGCCAGUCCUCUUACCACCAUGGGCCUGUCCCUGACAGCCUGUCUGGGCCUGGGUUUAACUCACUGGAUCUCCCCUCCAUGCCAAGGGGUGCUCCCUCUCCCAGCCCCAGGAUUGAGAUCACCCCAUCAGGGGACCCUCACCAGACUCAUCCCCUGGACGCCAGCCCCAGAACCACGGCCCUGACUGUGCCUGGCUAUGAGAACACGUCCUACCGAGAGCCCCAGAGCCCUGCCAGCAGCAACUCCUCCACGGGUUGGCUGUCUGAGGCCUAUUCGCCCUGGGUCUCGCCUUGUGUAUCUCCCAGUGGUGGUGGGGGCAUGGUUGGCUUGACCGCCUUGGACCUCCUCCCGGGCCUCCAGGGCAUCCAUACGUCCUCGGCCCACUCCUCCCCUGGGACCUCCCCGCGAACCAGCAUCACAGAGGAGACUUUCCUGGUGCCGCAGAGUCAGCGGUCUUCCUCGCCACACUCCCACGAUUACCCCCGCUCGCGCUCCGCCUCUCCUCAGGGAAAACGCACCUACGACCAGUACAGCGGCCCCAAUCUGGGGACCACCAGCCAGCAGCAGCGCUCCCGGAGCCCAAGCCCCAGCCCCUCGCCUCACCACCCCCAAGAACGACCCUUGGCCCAAGCUGACCCACAGGGCAAUGCCCCUCAGCAGAUGCCCAGCGUUGAAGAGGUGUUGAGCAGCCUCAACUCCAACCUCAGCUCCAGCAUGUCCAGGGCAGUCCCCUCCAAGAUGGUGCGGCCCAGUGUUGAGUGCUAUACGUAUGGAGAGAGCCAGGGGGAGCAUGGGCGGAGAGGCAGAGCUGGGGCUGAGACCUUCUACAUCCUCCCUACAUCUUUCUGGCCGGCUUCACUAGCCCAUGGAGCCUUCAGUGGCAUCCCUGUGCCAUCUAUGCCCCCUCUAGAGUGGCACUUGCCCAGUCACUCCGACCAGUAUGAGCUCUGUUUGGAGCAGCAGCCUAAACAGCACCACCGGGCCCACUACGAGACAGAGGGCAGCAGGGGAGCAGUCAAAGCGGCCAGUGGAGGUCACACUGUGGUUCAGCUUCAUGGGUACAGAGGCACUGCUCCACUGGGUCUGCUGGUGUUCAUCGGAACGGCUGACGAGAGGGUCCUCAAACCCCAUGCCUUCUACCAGGUGCACCGCAUCACUGGGAAAACGGUCACCACACCAAGCCAAGAGAGAAAGGUCCAUGGCACCAAGGUCCUGGAGAUCCCUCUGGAGCCCAAGAACAACAUGCGAGCAGUGAUUGACUGUGCUGGGAUACUAAAGCUGAGAAAUGCUGACAUCGAGCUCAGGACAGGCGAGACAGACAUGGGACGCAAAAACACCUGUGUCCGCCUUGUCUUUCGUGUCCAUAUUCCUCAACCAGGAGGACAGUAUGUCUCUCUUCAAGUGGCCUCCCUUCCCAUCGAGUGUUCCCAGAGGUCGGCCCACGAGCUUCCCACUGUAGAGCGCCAGGACGUGGAGCGCUGCUCGGUUCUAGGGGGACAGCAGGUGAUACUGACAGGACAGAACUUCACCUCUGAUUCCAAGGUGGUGUUCACAGAAAAGACACCUGACGGGGUGCAAAUCUGGGAAGCAGAAGCUACAGUAGACCGAGACAAGAGCCAGAAAAGCAUGCUGUUUGUGGAGAUCCCUCCGUAUCGAGAUCCCACCAUUCAUCACGCGGCUAAAGUCAACUUCUAUGUGAUCAACGGGAGGAGAAAACGCAGUCAGGCGCAGCACUUCACCUACACUCCUUUAACCGUUCCCGCCAUUAAAACGGAACCCAUAGAUGACUUCCAGUUUGGUCAGCUGGGCUGCGCUGUCUCCCAAAUCCUAGGAAUGUCAUCCAAGUCCUACCACCACACCCCCAGUAGCCAUCUCAACCCCAAUAGCCACAUAGUGGCUGGCAUGACAUCCUUGGCAUCCUGCCAACAUGCAAGCCAUCACGAUCCCAAUGCCUAUCAACCACAGGACCCAUCUGUCUAUUACCCCAGUAAAAGCCGAAGCCUGGGUAGCACCCCUGUCCAGUAUCAAGAUAUGAACCACCACCCAGUGAUGAUCCACAGUGGUUCCCCAUCUCAGAUGUCCUAUACCCAGCAUUACUCCAGCCAAGUGUCCCAACCAUUCCAUCCCUCUCGCUCGGCCACCAAUCAGCGAGUUGUCAACGUAGCUGUCCCAUUGGACCAACACCAGCACGCCACGAUGGUGGGUGAUGGGUACCGGGCUGCAGCUUCAUUAUGGAAGGUUGGUGACUCGCCAGAGGCCUGUUCCUCAGAAGGCCAGUACCAGGGCUUCAUGCACACGGUGGUGCCUGUCUUGAGCAGGUCUCCACCACGACACAGCCACAUCCUGACCCAGAGAGGUCCAACCGCUACAGGGAGCCAGAGUGGGCCAGUCCCUGGGAAAGUGACAGCGAAGCAAGAAAACCUGAACCAAGCCUAUCUGGAUGAUGGUGAGUUAGUACAAAACAUAUUGGGUACUGCAGAAACGUACUGUACCCCAGGCUCCUCUAACUUGUUGUUUUGAAUUCGUGACAAUGUGUAUGGUUAAAUGGUUAUUGAUGCUGGAACUUGAGAUGGACUAUACUGAUACACAGUGCACAGCAACAUCUUCAAAGAGACUCUGAUAUGUUUGAAAGAGGAAACUCAUUUAGUCGUAUCCCUAAGCUUGACUACAGUUUGUACAAAAGAGAUACAGAUAAAUUUGAUUUGAUUUUGAUUUGAUGAUGAACAAACAGAAACAGAACAUAUACACACAUUCUAAAUAGUACCAGAUAUGGGUUCUUUGUCUAGUAACCAUAGCGGAAGCCUGUUUUUAAGGUUCAAUAAAGAACCAUGCUCAUAAGGUUCCAAAUGGAACCUGUAUGGUCCUGUAAAAAAAACUUUUUCCUAAGGUUCUAUAAUGAACCAUUAAAAAAGGUUCUAUAUAGUACCAAAAAAGGGUUUUGCAAUGGUUACAACCCUUUUCUAUGGUUAUUUAUAGAACCUUUAUGGAGAAUGGAUCUAUAAAUAACCACAAGACACCAUCACUGGCCACAGUCAUAUAUAAUAUGUAAUGGCAUAACACAACACUUUAGGUAAACUGGAAUGACACUCUCAUUCGAGGUUGCACAAAAAGAGCUGUGAGCAAACCAUGCAACAAAAUAUUCAAGUAAGCCACCUCCCAUACAUUAUCACUAAAAGAGCAAACAACCCUUUUAUGAACUUUAAAGAACCAUUGAAGUGCAACAAGUGUUCCACAUAUAACCAUCACCCUUCCCAAAGAACCCUUGAGGAACAUUCAUUUUUUUGUGUGUAGAGCACAUGUGAAAACAGUCAGUAUGUGAAUGUGUGCCAGCAGUAGCCUCCCAUUAUAAACUGCCCUAGCAUUUGGGCCUCUUCUACUCUGAAUCCCUCAGCAUCAAAUCAAUUCUUAGACCCAACACUAGAUUCAGGGUUUUGGCAAUGAGGCCCUUUAUCUACUUCCUAAGAGUCAGAUGAACUUAUGUAUACCAUUUUUAUGUCUUUGCAUACAAGUUUGAAGUUGUGUUAGCAUAGAUACCCAUAGACUUCCAGUCAUUUAGUUAACGGUAGUUAUCAAAACUAUCUCUAACUUCCUUCAUACUGGACACAGAGACAUAAUGGUAUCCAUGAGUUCAUCUGACUUUGGGGAAGUAGAUAAAUGGCCUUAUUGCCAAAAUCCCGAAGUAUCCCUUUGAAAGAUUGGAUAGCUAUGAGUAACCACAUUUCCAUCCACAGUUCGUAUGUGAGUAAAGUCUCAACGUAUAAAAAAAAUCAUGACAGCUGUGAUGGAAACAGGAAGUUUCAUUUCAUUCAUUUUUGAAAUGCAGAGAGAUCAUUAGUUCGUUCGACAUGGUGUGAUCUUUUUGUUUCGGUAAAAUAUAUUAUGCAAGAAAUGGUGGUGGAAACGCCUUCAUGCUAAAUAUUGAUAUAAUAACCAUCAUAUCGAAGUAAACUUGGAAUCAUGCAAUGAUUUGGUGUGUGGUCCUCCCACUACGAUUCGGGAAACUAUGCAGUUUAUUAGGCUACAUACAGUGCCUUGCAAAAGUAUUUAUCCCACUUGGCAUUUUUCCUAUUUUGUUGCAUUACAACCUGUAAUUUAAAUAGAUUUUAUUUGGAUUUCAUGUAAUGGACAUACACAAAAUAGUCCAAAUUGGUGAAGUGAAAUGAAAAAAAUGACUUGUUUCAAAGAAUUCUAAAAAUGGAAAAGUGUUGCCUGCAUAUGUAUUCACCCCUUUGCAUUGAAGCCCCUAAAUAAGAUCUGGUGCAACCAAUUACCUUCAGAAGUCACAUAAUUAGUUAAAUAAAGUCCACCUGUGUGCAAUCUAAGUGUCACACGAUCUGUCACAUGAUCUCAGUAUAUAUACACCUGUUCUGAAAGGCCCCAGAGUCUGCAACACCACUAAGCAAGGGGCACCACCAAGCAAGCAACACCAUGAAGACCAAGGAGCUCUCCAAACAAGUCAGGGACAAAGUGGUGGAGAAGUACAGAUCAGGGUUGGGUUAUAAAAAAGAUCAGAAACUUUGAACAUCCCACGAAGCAUCAUUAAAUCCAUUAUUAAAAAAUGGAAAGAAUAUGUCACCACAACAAACCUGCCAAGAGAGGGCCGCCCACCAAAACUCACGGACCAGGCAAGGAGGGCAUUAAUCAGAGAGGCAACAAAGAGACCAAAGAUAACCCUGAAGGAGAGAAAAGCUCCACAGCGGAGAUUGGAGUAUCUGGCCAUAGGACCACUUUAAGCCGUACACUCCACAGAGCUGAGCUUUACAGAAGAGUGUCCAGAAAAAAGCCAUUGCUUAAAGAAUAAAAUAAGCAAACACGCUAUGUUUGGUGCAAACCCAACACCUUUCAUCACCCCGAGAACACCAUCCCCACAGCAUCAUGCUGUGGGGAUGUUUUUCAAUGGUGCUACUGGGAAACUGGUCAGAACUGAAGGAAUGAUGGAUGGCACUAAAAUACAGGGAAAUUUGUGAUGGAAACCCGUUUCAGUCUUCCAGAGAUUUGAGACUGGGAAAGAAGUUCACCUUCCAGCAGGACAAUGACCCUAAGCAUACUGCUAAAGCAACACUCGAGUGGUUUAAGGGGAAACAUUUAAAUGUCUUGGAAUGGCCUAGUCAAAGCCCAGACCUCAAUCCAAUUGAGAAUCUGUGGUGUGACUUAAAGAUAGCUGUACACCAGCGGAACCCAUCCAACUUGAAGGACCUAGAGCAGUUUUGCCUUGAAGAAUGGGCAAAAAUCCCAGUGGCUAGAUGUGCCAAGCUUAUAGACCCAUACCCCAAGAGACUUGCAGCUGUAAUUGCUGCAAAAGGUGGCUCUACAAAGUAUUGACUUUGGGAGGGUGAAUAGUUGUGCACGCUCAAGUUCUCUGUUUUUUUGUCUUAUUUCUUGUUUGUUUCACAGUAAAAAUAUAUAUUGCAUCUUCAAAGUGGUAAGCAUGUUGUGUAAAUCAAAUGAUAGAAAAUAUAUUUUUAAUUCCAGGUUGUAAGACAUCAAAAUAGGAAAAAUGCCAAGGGGGGUGAAUACUUUCGCAAGCCACUGUAUUAAUCAAGUUAUGAUGAACUUCACAGGGUGGUAAAAGUGCACGGUGAUCUUGAUGCUCCUUUCCAAUAAAUAUCAAGGGUUUGAUUCUGAUGACAUAUUCGAUGCUUGACUGCCAUUUGACAAAUAAAAAUAUUCCAUAAUUAUCCAUUUUAGUCUCAUCAUGUAGACUAGCCUACCCACACUGCAUCUGUGAGCUGUUGGCUAGAGAGCACGUGCCAAAACCAGAGUAGACACGUUUGCUAUUUAACACAAUAGUUUGUGACAGAAUGUGAUGGAAACACAUUAAACUUCAGAUUUCUAUUUGGUACUUGAAGACUUUAGCAAAAAAGUACAUUUUUACUAUGUACUAUGUCAUCACACACUGAUUUUUAUACACAACAAAUCCGCUUGGUGGGAACAAACCACUGGUGGGAAAAUGUGCAUAUUUUCUUUAUGCAUAUUUUUGAUAUUCACAUGAAAAUCUGUUUCCAAUUGGAUGGAAACCUAGCUAGUAAUAUGGUGACAAUUCCACUUAGUAGAGGGCAAGAGGGAGUUACCAGGGUUAUUCAGUUCUCUCAAAUCUACAAGUACCUAGACUGGGGUUCCUUACUAAUUUUACGUUCCCACAAGACAAACUCAGUGUUGCUCACAACAAAGGGAACUAACAAAGAAAAAUACAUUUUGACAACCAAAACAAAACAGAAAGGGGUUCAAAAGGGGUUCUGAAAAGGCACCCAUGUGGGUGCCCACUGAAUGUUGGCAAAGCCACUAGUAAGGGGUUCUAAAAGACACCCAUGGCCACUAGGUUUGACUCUCGAAAAGACAAACGAAGAGAAAAACCCACAACAACUUAAGACAGGGAGUAAAAAGAAUAUGGAGCGAAACAAACAGAGAUAAUAACAAAAAUCUGCCUUCUUUCAAACUUAAACGGUUGAGCUCGAAACUGCACCUCAGCUGCCGUGAAGUGUACCUUAGUGUAGCUUUCCCAACAUCUCUCAAGCGUUUAAGUGGAGAUGGACAAGCGUUUGAGAUGGACAAACCAGCACAGGUGAAACACCUUCUGACUAACGAGAUGGACAAGCCAGCACAGGUGAAACAGUUUCCCACUAACAAGAUGGACAAGCCAGGACAGGUGAAACAGGUUCCCACUAACAAGAUGGACAAGCCAGGACAGGUGAAACACCUCCCGGCUAACAAGAUGGACAAACCAGCACAGGUGAAACACCUUCCGGCUAACGAGAUGGACAAACCAGCACAGGUGAAACACAUUCUUACUAACAAGGUGACACAAAUCAGUGCUCCCUACAUGCUAAUGUGCUACCUCGAAAAUAGAAAAACCGAAACCUGUAAACACUAAUUAGCGUGUCAAGUAUAAGGGUGGAGCGAAAACCCGAAGACACUCGGCCUGCCGUGGAAUGAGUUUGACACAUAUGACCCAGGAGGCAGGGUGGAAGGGUGUAGGGUUGAUGUGGGAUUCAGAGUAACACUUUUUUUUGUGGAUGCUCCCUUUCCCUGCUUGUCCAGCUAUGUGGGUCAACGUUUUAAAUAGUCCCCAGCUAAAAGCCAGCUGAAGUUGUUUAUCUAUGUGUGAACCGACACUAAGCCUGGCAAGGUCAGUGAGAGUACACGCUAUCGAUCAUUUCAGAAUGGAUACAAUUAGACUCCCCUAGUCGCUAAAUGUGCUUUGGCAUCCAAAUAAUGACGAUUUAGUAAGCCUUCGUCAUGACUGAACUCUCUCUACAUGUUGUGUCGAAGUCUGCCAUUACAUCUAGUUAUUCAUGUAUUGUGUUGAUUAUUGCAGAGGCUUGUUACCUUGUGUGUUCAUUUAUGAUUCAUUGCUUUUCAGAGGUAAAUAAAAUGAAGUUGAGCAUGUGAUCUGGACAGAAUUGACAUGCAGUUCUCACCAUAUAUAUUUGGACAGUGAAGCUAACAUUUUACAUUUUGGCCCUAUACUCCAGUAUUUUGGAUUUGAGAUCAAGAGUACAGAGUGUCACCUUUUAUUUGAGGCAAUUUUCAUAAAUAUGUGAUUUACCGUUUAGAAGUAAAAGCACUUCAUGUAUCUAGUUCUCCCAUUUGGAGAAGUCAUAAGUACAUGGACAAAUUCACUUAAAGAAGUAGUCAGAAGUAUAUUUGAUCCCAUAUCCAUUGCACGCAAUCACUAUACCAAGUACAAACGUGUACUGUGACCUCAUAUUCAUAAUUUAAUCUCAAAUCCAAAAUGCUGGAGAGUAAAAAAGUAUUAAUUGUUAGUAUUAAAAUGUUAGCUUUACUGUUAAAAUAUGGUGAGGACUGUGUUAGGGAAAAAGAAAAAGGCCAUAUGUUAGAGUAUAAUACAUUACAGUAUAAUACAUUACAGUAUAGUACAUUACAGUAUAAUACAUUACAGUAUAGUACAUUACAGUAUAAUACAUUACAGUAUAAUACAUUACAGUAUAAUACAUUACAGUAUAGUACAUUACAGUAUAAUACAUUACAGUAUAAUUUAUUCAUUCUGUUUUAUUAACAGAUCAAGGACAAUAUAUAACCAUUAAAAUUCAUUAAAAAGAAACCAAUAAAAAUUAAAAUUCUGUCAAUGUUUUUGGAAAUACACUUUCACUUAUUUGAAAAUACUAAAAUAUACUGACCUAAAUACACUCCCAUGCAUUUAACCCAGGUAUUUGAAAAAAAGCAUUUGAAAAUACUCUCAAAUACAAAUUGGUUAUUGACUAUUUCGUUUUUACAAAUUACCAUUCCAAUACUCAAAGAAGAGUACUUGUUUUGGACUGCUCAAAUACACAGAAAAAAAGUAUUUUAAAUACCAGAUACUCAUAUACAUGUGUAUUUGAACCCAGGGCUGAUACAUUAUAAUAGUUAGUUUGCUACAGAAUGUGGUUUAACAUGGAAACAAUGCCCUUGGUUAGCUUAUACUGUAGGUGUCGGAAAACACAUAUACACCCCUGUACAUUCUAGAGAAAAGUUUCCAUUUGAUCUUAUGUAGUACAGAAACAGGAAGCACUACCAAAUAAAGUGAGUACCUUUUGCCACGAUGAUCUCUGCCUGUGGUUGCUAGGAAAAAACAGUGAUAUGACAUGACACCUUGUGGAGCAUAAGUGUCAAUGCGAUUUGUAAACUGGCAGUACACCAUUAGUACACAACACUAUGUGUUACACACUGUCCUAACCAUUAUCUCACACUUUCUUGUUCUUCAGUGAAUGACAUCAUAAGGAAUGAUCUGACUGUCCGCAGUAACGAGCAGUAAAAAGCAUCUAUAUUGUGACCAACAAUCACACGGGCUCCAGAAAUGCCAUGACGUCAUUCUACUGUCUGAUUGCCCCCUUCAUAUGUACUGUAUAUAGGGUGUUAUUUAAGUCAAAAUCGCAUCUUUUGACAAAUGGGUAGAAUAAUAUGUUAAUUGUGUAGAUAAUCCUCUAAGAAAACAAAUGGUCCAAACUUCAUGUCUUUAUCAUAAUUUGUUCACAAGUUAUUGGAGUUUUUACCUUUGAAGGAUGGUCAGAAUUACGGUGACUAAAUCAAUGGACGCCAGAGAAAAAAAUCUCAAAAGUUAUAAAAUUAGGAAAAUUGCAUUGGAUCAGCUAGGCUGGACACUGGGCUACCGGCUACCUGACAGGCUCACUUUUCCCAUUGGGACAAAAAAACAAUUUAGAGGUAAGAUGGAUAUCGAUUUUGAGAAGACAUAUUGUAUUUUCAUAUUUUAGUAUAUGCUUUUCAGUUUCAUUUGAAUUUACUGUUAUUUUUUGAAGAUUUCACUGAGUGUGUACCAGGAGCCGUGAGUGGGUAAAAUCACUGAGCAAGCCAAGAAGGUAAAAAAGUCAUAUUACAACCUGCGUUUUGAUAAUUGCGUUGUUUGCUCUAUAACCCAUUCGUUCAUACGCCACCGUGAUAUACAAUAAGGCCUGUGACAACAAAAAGACAAUAGUCACACAGUGGUGGAAUAAAUUCAGCUACACAUAAGUUUGUUUCACAAAACCGGAGAGCAACAUCUGUCUAGUGAAGUCCACAAAGAAAAUAUUGCAUGUAACAAACAGUUAUAUGACCUGCAGCAUCGUCAAGCAAGUUAAUGUUUUCUACUGAUUUAGAACCACAGAGUUCCCACAAGUCAGCACAAAGACAAAAAGAGCACUGCCUCUGCUAUUUCAGCACCAUUUCAACUUAAACAUUUAAACAUCAUCAAAUCAACAAGGCUAUAUACAGUAUGCUUAGUUUAAUACACUGAAAACAAACUUAAAGAUACCAAAAACGAUUUAGUCCAAUCAAUGUUGCUAAAUAUCAUGUCCAUGGUAUUGAUUUCUGUCAGUCUGUGUGUAUGUAUGUGUGUGUGCGCAUGCAAGUAAAACAAAAAAUGUGGACUCCCCCUACUGGUAGACUAGUUGAACGCCAAUGCCAUCCUCCUCGCUUUCAUGUUGGCACAACGGUCUAGGGCUCUGCCAUACAGUACACUUUUAGUUUUGUUGUCAUAGGCUACCUAGCUAAAAUGCUUGCUAGCCUAACUUCCUCGCUUGGGCAACAAUGAAACAGCUAAGUUAGCUAGCUAGUUAAUGUGAGCCUACUAGACUACAUCUAGGCUACAUAUUGAACUUCAAUCAUCUCAGGCCAGUGGUACAACAUAUUUAUUUAUGGUUAUAUCAGAAUCGCCGUCAUUGGCCUGUACAGAGAAUUAAGUCAAAACCACAAGUCUAAAUCCACAUCUCCAUCCAUGGCUUAGGAAAGGGUCAAUUUAGCAAGCUAGUUACUGCAGUACAUCAACACAAGCAAUCCAGAAGAUCUGAUUUGAUUGGUGUGAAGCCAAAUUUAAACUGGCCUCCCUGGGGGGGGUGUUUUGCUACACCAGGACAACCCACAGUUGAGCUUAGCUCAACGAUGAUUGGCUAAUUAUUUUAUUUUUUUUAAAUCAAGGGAGGCCAAAUGCUUGCUGGUAUCAAUUAAUCAAUUGCUACAGCGUCAACAUGUUAAACUCUUUUGUUCCAGACAGCAUCAGAUACAUGGGCGAUACAUACUGAGACAGAGGGGGCGCUGUUUCCCUGUUCAGACAGCAUCAGAUACAUGGGCGAUACAUACUGAGACAGAGGGGGCGCUGUUUCCCUCACUCAGAUGAGAUUUCUCCGGUGAGAUUCAGCCACUUGCGAAUUGAAGUAAAAUUAUGAAAACACAGAGAGAAGAAAGAUGUAUUGGUCAAAUAUUUGGGGAAGCCUGGCUUCCCUUGGCAUUCAUGAAUACACGCCACUGAGCGUAUACCAAACAUUUUAUUUCCAAAGCCUUUUAACAUUUAAUUCAGUUUGUGUCAUGCUAAGCUUAGAUUUUUGUGACCCGCGGAAACAACUUUAAAGAUGACGACCACAAAAUGUAAAAUCCUCAAAAGUUGUUAAAAGAAACCUGCACGGCUAUGCCAACACAUAGCUCGGUGCUCAUUAUCGAAUGUAUUACGUAGAAAUCAAACUUUGUUGAUAUAAUGCUAAGGGUAUGUUACAUUUCAUCACCAAAGAGCCAAAGUGCGUUUUCACCAACAUCAUACUGUAUAUACUGUAUUGUGGAUGCAGAUGAUACCCAGUUAGGGCCAUGCAGUGCCAGAUUUCAAUAAGUGUGUUGACCAUGGGCUACCUUUUAAACAGUUAUUAUUUUAUCAUGUGUAAUCAUGUAUGUGGCCUCAAUGUAAGCUUUUGUAAUUGUAAAUAAAAACAACUUCAUGAAAAUGUCUGUAAUUACUAAGAAAAUUAUGAAAAAAACUGAUUGAUUGAUUGAGAAACAUAUUUUUUCUGUCAUGAUGUUGGCAAUUUAAUUAUAUUUUUUUAUUUUAUUAUUUUAUUUAGUCUGCCUGUCAUUAACAUAUAUAUUUAAAAUCGUAUUGUUUGUUGAUUAAAUGGAUCUCGAAAUGAA